GCGGCAGCAGCAGGAGCAGCCCCGGCUGCGGGUCGCGACGGCGGCGGGGCGCCCCCUCCCCCGUGCCGGGGCGCGGCGGAGGGAUGUGGGGCUUUGCGGGAGGAAGGCUUUUCGGCAUUUUCUCGGCCCCAGUGCUGGUGGCGGUGGUGUGCUGCGCCCAGAGCGUGAACGAUCCCGGGAACAUGUCCUUUGUGAAGGAGACGGUGGACAAGCUUUUGAAAGGCUACGACAUUCGCCUAAGACCCGACUUCGGGGGUCCGCCGGUCUGCGUGGGGAUGAACAUCGACAUCGCCAGCAUAGACAUGGUUUCCGAAGUCAACAUGGAUUACACCUUAACCAUGUAUUUUCAACAAUAUUGGAGAGAUAAAAGGCUUGCCUAUUCUGGGAUCCCUCUCAACCUCACGCUUGACAAUCGAGUGGCUGACCAGCUAUGGGUGCCUGACACAUAUUUCUUAAAUGACAAAAAGUCAUUUGUGCAUGGAGUGACAGUGAAAAACCGCAUGAUCCGCCUUCACCCUGAUGGGACGGUGCUGUACGGGCUCAGAAUCACCACAACUGCAGCAUGCAUGAUGGACUUGAGAAGAUACCCCUUGGAUGAGCAGAACUGCACCCUGGAAAUUGAAAGCUAUGGCUAUACCACAGAUGACAUUGAAUUUUACUGGCGUGGUGGCGAUAAGGCUGUCACCGGAGUGGAGAGGAUUGAGCUCCCACAGUUCUCUAUUGUGGAGCAUCGUCUGGUCUCAAGGAAUGUCGUCUUUGCCACAGGUGCCUAUCCUCGGCUCUCACUGAGCUUUCGGUUGAAGAGAAACAUUGGAUACUUCAUUCUCCAGACUUACAUGCCCUCUAUACUAAUUACGAUUCUCUCAUGGGUGUCCUUCUGGAUCAAUUAUGAUGCAUCUGCGGCUAGAGUUGCCCUUGGGAUCACGACCGUGCUGACGAUGACAACCAUCAACACACACCUUCGGGAGACAUUGCCCAAAAUCCCCUACGUCAAAGCCAUUGACAUGUACCUCAUGGGCUGCUUUGUCUUUGUGUUUCUGGCCCUUCUGGAGUAUGCCUUUGUCAACUACAUUUUCUUUGGAAGAGGCCCUCAAAGGCAGAAGAAGCUUGCAGAAAAGACAGCCAAGGCAAAGAAUGACCGUUCCAAGAGUGAAAGCAACCGGGUGGAUGCUCAUGGAAAUAUUCUCUUAACAUCACUGGAGGUUCACAAUGAAAUGAAUGAGGUCACGGGCAGUGUUGGUGAUACCAGGAAUUCAGCAAGACCCUUUGACAACUCAGGAAUCCAGUACAGGAAACAGAGCAUGCCUAGGGAAGGGCAUGGGCGACACAUGGGGGACAGAAGCAUCCCGCACAAGAAGACCCAUCUACGGAGGAGGUCUUCACAGCUCAAAAUUAAAAUCCCUGAUCUAACCGAUGUGAAUGCCAUAGACAGAUGGUCCAGGAUCGUGUUUCCAUUCACUUUUUCUCUUUUCAACUUAGUUUACUGGCUGUACUAUGUUAACUGAGUGACUGUACUUGAUUUUUCAAAGACUUCAUUUAACACUGAGUGAAAUAUUACUCUGCCUGUCAAGUUUUUAUACCUGUACACACACACAGACACACACACACAGACACACAUAUAUACAUACGCAAUUGUAUAUAUAUGUGAACUUUCUCAGCAUAUAUAUAAAAUACACGUGUAUAUGAGGAUGUAUGUGUAUAUGUUUAUACACACAGGUAUAAGUACCCAUGUGUAUGCUCAAACAAAUACACAUACAUAUAUACAUUUUGCAGCUAUGGACAAUUUAACACAGGAUGCAUAUUAAAGAAAGUCAUAGUUUUUUCUUUUUUAAUUGAAAGGGACAAGCAUCGUCUAAAUAUUAUGCCUUGAGAAUGAGGGCGUGAAACACAAUAUCAUCCCAAAAUGUGUCUUUUAUUAUCAUAAGUUAGAUGUUUUAGUUUAAAAAUCAGAAAGAAACUCUUAGUUGAUCUUCAAAAACUCAUACAGUGAUAUUGCUAGUUUAAAAUGAGUCACACACUUCAUAUCCUUUCUGUUUACUAAGCGAAGGCUUUUCAGCUUUUUUGGUGAUGGGGUUUACUUUUAUCGGGCUUACUUUUUCUGUAUUGGUUUAGUGGAUGAAGUGAGCCACUGGUGUGUGCUCAUCUGUUGUCUUAAACUUAGAUAGAUCCCAUGUUGAUGGCUGAAUGCCCAUCUUUUGAAAACCCAUCAGGAAUGGAUGGCAUCCAUUGUAAGUACUCUGUUGUACAGUGUAUUCUUUUGUUCACUUGGAGUGGAUCCAGCUUACCUGUCAUGCAGGAACACAGUGGCAUGUUUUGGCAAUGUUUAGUUGACAUUUCAAUCACUGAAAAUGUACUCCACAUCUCGUAUGGAUUUCUAGGCCUGAUAUCUAACAGAAAGCAUAGACGUCUCAGGUUAUUUGUUACUCUAAGGUAAAACCAUCUAGGAUGAUUUUCCCCCUUGUCUUUACGUUAUCAAUCACUCUUAUAACAUUGUAUGUUAAUAUAAAAUAUAUUUGCAUAAUAUGCAUAUAUAUGUAUAUUUACCAAAAUUUUCUUUCUUAAUGCUUGCUAUCAUGGCAGCAUGCAAUGUCAUAUUUUCCUUUACAUGAUGUAACUACUUUCUGUUACCUAGAAUUAAGAUUGAAGCUUAAAACACUUCUACUGUUCAAUUUCAGAAACCAAGAAACAUCUUCAUACCUUUAUUUCUGUAUCUGACAUAUUUCAUAAGCACAUCCAACUACUCCUAGUCUAACUAGGAUGCUGCAGGAACAUGACCAGUACACACCACACAUCACCCAGUGACCCAUGACCGUUCUCUUGAGGCAAAGGAGAGCAACCUGACAACAAACACACUCACUUUUGGUUCCUUCUGAUCCACAGCCUCAUCAGUAUUUGGACUUUUUAAAGCUCGUAGAAACAAGACAAGGUGCACCGGUUUCAUAGACGCAACCUUAACUUACUAUUUAGAUGAGAUCUUUCUAAAGAAAAAAAAAGAGAUGAUAUAUUUUUUGUAAACAAUAUUUCUAUCACAGGCCUCCAUAAACUGAAAUGACUACAGUUGUGCAAACAGAUGUCACAGUGAAGUUAAGCAUUUGGAGAAAAAAAAAA